AUGCCAGAAAGGAGUACUGAGACUAAUGUUGUACUGGAGAAGCUACGGGCGGUGGCUUCAAACCGCGAUUGCUGGCCAUUCCUCGAGCAGGCGGUAAACUCAACGGAUUCGCGUACAUUUGUGGAGGCUGACUUAGAAGGUUGGAGGAGAGAAUAUGAUCCUGAUAUAGGAGAAACUCUCUUGGAGAGUUUACAAGGAGCCAAUCUUAGAAGUGGCCUUACGUCCUUGGUGAUUGUUGACAGCUUCAAGGUGCCAACCAUCGUUCUUUGUCUUUUCGUUCACGUCUUGGGCAGGAAUACAGAUGGCAAACUUAUUGCAUGCCAAGCUGAUGUCAAUGGGAAACGCUUCGUUCCUUGCAGUGGCGCAGGAAAAAGGCCCGACGACUCGGUGUGUAGUGCAAUGGCUGUGCCAUAUCUUCUGGACGAGCCUCCAGAUGAAGAGACUGAUGCGGAAGAUGUAUGUAGAAUACUACCAAUGCGAUAUGAAGAGACAAUAUUGUAUGGCAAACAAAUGUCAUCUGUUGCAUCUGGCAAUGUAACUUCGAGACAGAUUUUGUCGGUAUUCGAGAUACUGUUUGGUCAGGCUCCAGAGGACGUGGAGGAUGAAUCACCACCAAAGCUUCUUGGUUUUCUUCUGAAGUGCAUUGAAGAUUCCUUCCAACUCCUUGAAAGCUCAGGACAUGGGUGGAUCAAGCUGUUGAUGGCCAUUGUAUGCGGUACCUUGGCGGUGGGUCCACGAGACGGUCUUGAACUGCUCAAUGAUCUUCAAAUUACAAAUGUCCCGUCUUUCACCUUGGCACUAUUUUCUUCCAUGAUCCCAAUAAAACUGGGAUUCUUGUCUGGGGAAGUACCCAUAGCUCAAGUUCAUUCUUUCCUAGUACAACAAAAUGCCGUUUGCGGCAACACAGCUGCCACGAAAAUUCUUCAACAAAGCAACUCCAAUGCCAUUUCUUGCAUUGCGAUGAAGCGCAUAAGCAACACCCGAAUCGAAGGCGAGCGGGGACGGAAUGUCACAGGCUCCCUUCAAGAUUUCUGUUUGGAGAUUCUGUUGGAGCAACGAACGAAAGCCAAUUGUCUUCAGGAGGAAAAUAAAGGAUACACCAAAGGUUUCGAAGCUUUCCUUGAGCUUGUUGCUUGCCAAAUUGAUAAAGGUGCCAAGCACAAUCCCCACCUCAGGAACAUCUUUGAAGCAUACAGAACCAAACAAAGAGAGCAAGGGACCAAUACCGAUGGCGACGAGUGGAAGGCUCAGAUCGUGGGAAAGUACAAGAAAAGGUAUCGUAAGGCUAACGGAUUUGCUGGAGGGGAGGGGCCAAAGGAUAUCUCAAUCUUGCUCAUGAUUUUGACCGAGUUUCAUGAUAAGAAGGGUGCCAAAGCAAUGGGAGAAUUCCUGUGCACAGAUUAUGGGAAACUCUUCCUCCCAUCAGGGUCUGUUGCCAACGCGGACUUGGACCUUACCCAGUUUCGAGGCAAAUGGAAUACCCUUCACCACAUUCGAAUCGAGUGUGCUACACAGAUCCUGAGAAUAUAUGAGGCCCAAGACGAUCGUGGGAAGUUGCGAGAUUGGAAACCUCAGUCGCAUCGAUUCGGGCGAAGAUUGGCCCCCAAGGUCCUGAGCAUGGUUGCGAAACAUGGCACUGACGUCAGAAUCCCAAUCAAAUGGGAGGCGGAUUUCCCGGUCUUCUCAAAAGUGCUGAAAGUUUGCAAGCAUGGAACUUUGCACGCCAUUCUUCUUGGACUGUUGAAAGCCAUUGUCCUUUCCAAUGUAAACGACAACGAUGUUAUUGGCCCCGUCAGCUAUGGUAAUACAAUCCUAGAAAGCGGAGAUCUGGCGAAAACUGAAGUGGACAAAAUGGAACUGGGCAAACUUUUUAAAUAUGGAGGCCAUCACACUAGUCCUUUUAAACUUGUCGCAUUCGUCAUUUCCGGGGACCAUGAUGACCUCCUCCAGAUGAUUGAAGAUGCCAUUAAGCACGAAAAAAACGACAAAGAAAUAAAUAGAGACUUGAAACAGCAAAAGAGGGAUGA